CCGGGGUAUGGCCGUGAGUGUAGCACCGCGCUAGCCACGCGGUGGUGCGAGUGCAACCCUGAAAAUGGCUAAAUUGUCAGACGCAGAAAACAUUGAAUUAUAUCUGGCAACGGCGUGGACAGACAGAAUUGAGAUCAUCCUUCACAACUUUGCUGACGCUGUACGAUGGAUGACUAGCGGGAUUUAUAUUGUUACUGUGCGAUCUGUAUUUAUCGAUCUUCAAGACUUUAUACAGGCAAUCUAUGUUCACUGACAGCAUUAAUAUUAACAGGGCCAAUGACUAAUUCUUCUGUGUCUCAAUUUAUCUAUAAUGAAAACCUAUACUAGUUGCAAAAGGUUUAUCGAUGUCUCUAUUGGGAGCAGAUUCGAAGCAAAUUAUUUGAGUAUUUCUGAGACAACUUCUUCAGUUGUCCUUGAAUCUUUGGAUGUAGCCUCUAGGUCAUUGUGGUAGAUAAGCCUUGUAAAUCACUUGACAUUGUUGAUUUGUAACUAUUUGAUGUGGCGUAAUAACCUCUUGAUUUUCAAGUCACUGUGUAAGUGUGAACUGUUCAGACACGAAAUGUCCAAAUAUUCUUCUUUGCCAGAUCUGGUUUACAUUACAAUUGCAACGAGCAUGAGUAAAUUUGGCAAAUCUUAUUAUUUCUAACCAAAAAUAAUUCACCGUGUAACAAAGAACUAUUUUUAAUCACUUUAAGGACAAGUAUGCGGCCGCUGACACAUAUAUUGGUUUGGAUUUGGGCUCCAGUUUUGACUUGGACCUUGGGUUUGUGGAUUUAAUUUUGGCUGGGACACGCGGUAUAUCUGGCUUCAACGCAGCUGUGGUGCUCACAGAUUGAGUGGUAGUAAGAGUCGAGUCUUUCGACCAGGUUUUUUUCAAUCUGUUCAACAUUUUUAUAGUGUUUAUAUUGUACAGCUAUUCCACUGGAUUUAUAGUACUCCACAAUGGGCCAUGACUCAUUGGCUUUAUAGUACUACACUAUGGGUCAUGACUCACGGUAGUUGGGUUGGUGUGCUCUUCGAAUAAUUUCUGUAAGCAGUGAAAUGAGUCAUUUAGGUUGAUGUGCCUUUUC